UGGAGCAUUUCUCACCAUGGAAACAAAGACGGAUAAACUUAAAGGCUAUUAAUGUUGAUUAAAAACAAUAUUCUCCCUAAUGUUUGUACGAUCAGUGCACGAUUUAACUGCAAAUGCUUUGUAAAUAAUGAGAAUACAUUUCGAUUGUUUUACUGUGGGUUUUUUUAACGACUGUGCGUCGUAGUUAACAUUUUGUUUCUUCUUUUGUAAACGUCCUGUGUUUUGCACGGUAGUGAUCUCCUAGUCACGUUUGUUUUUGCAUUUCGUAUAUAAGACAGGAAAGGAAAUGGAAGUAAAUCUCAACCGUGUUGAUUACGUUCAGGUUGGGGUGACAUCCCAGAAGACAAUGAGACUUCUUCCAACUUCUGGGCGCAGAGCAACGCAAAAGGUUGCUGUUGCAGACCAUGAUGGAGUUAUCACAUGUUUUGGCAUGAAAAAAGGAGACCCCAUACCAGUAUUUAAGACCCUGCCUGGACAGAAGAUCUUCAGGCUUAGCCUUGGAGGAGCCCUUGGAACACCCCAAGAAAAGAUUUUUAUAUGUUCUGGUUCAGAAGUUAGAGGAUUUACAAAGAAAGGAAAACAGUUUCUGUCAUUUGAAGCAAAUCUUACAGAAAGCAUAAAGGCAAUGUUUGUUUCAGGGCCAGACCUUUUUGUUUGUGGCAGCUACAUCUAUAAUCACUAUUAUGACUGCAAGGACCAGGAUUACUAUUUAUCAGGCGAUAAAAUCAAUGAUAUUGUCUGUUUGCCUGUGGAUGGGGCGAAGCCUGUAACUCCCAUACUCGCCUGUCAAGACCGAAUUCUUAGAGUUUUACAAGCAUCUGAUUUAAAAUAUGAAAUUGAAAUUUCUGGACCUCCUACUGUACUAGAGUUGAAUAAUGGAAAUGGAGGCGAUAGUGGUGAAGAGAUUUUGUAUGGUACAUCUGAUGGGAAGCUGGGUCUGGUUCAUAUUACUGACAGUGAGCCUGUACCUAAAUGGGAAGUAGCCAAUGAAAAGAAGAGAGGAGGUAUUCUGUGUAUUGACUGUUUUGAUAUCAUUGGGGAUGGAGUUAAAGAUGUGCUGGUAGGUCGAGAUGAUGGAAAAGUGGAAAUCUAUGGAUUCGACAGUUCAUUAGAACCCAUACUUCGCUUUGAACAUGUUUUGCCAGAGAGCAUUACCUCAAUACAAGGAGGAUGUGUUGGAAAGGAUAAUUUUGAUGAGGUUGUGACCACAACAUAUACAGGCUGGGUGACAGGAUUAACAACAGAGCCACAGCAAAAAGAAGCCGGGCCAGGAGAAGAAAUGAAGAUGUCACAGGAAAUACAGAACAAAGUAGCAGCACUAAGAGGGGAACUGGAACAACUACAGCUAAAGGUUUUGCAGGAACGGGAGAAAUUCCAGCAAUGUGCUCAGUCAAGCACAGCAAUAUCUUCAGUACCUGUCUUUAGUGUUAAUGACAAAUUUACUCUUUGUCGAGAUGAUGCCAGCUAUAGUCUCAUCCUGGAAGUUCAGACUGCAAUAGAUAAUGUGCUACUUCAAAGUGAUGUUCCAAUAGAUUUGCUGGAUGUGGACAAAAAUUCUGCUGUUGUCAGUUUCAGUGGCUGUGAUUCUGAGCCAAAUGGAAAUUUUCUUCUUGCUACCUACAGAUGUCAAGCAAACACAACCAGGCUUGAGCUAAAGAUUCGGUCAAUAGAAGGACAAUAUGGAACUCUGCAAGCAUAUGUCACACCACGUUUGCAGCCUAAAACCUGUCAGGUCCGACAGUAUCAAAUAAAACCUCUGUCACUUCACCAAAGAAGUCAUGUGAUUGAGCAGAAUAGGCCAAUGAAUACUCUGACCCUGACUGGUCCCUUCAGUUUCGCUGAGAUCCAUUCUUGGGUUGUUUUCUGUCUUCCUGAAGUACCUGAAAAAACGCCAGCUGGAGACAUUGUGACCUUCUGUUUCCAAAACACCUUCCUUGACACUCAGCUGGAAUGUACAUACAGCAAAGGUAAAGGGGAUUUUAAAUCUGACAAUAUAUCCACAAUCUCCAUUCUCAAGGAUGUCCUUUCAAAAGAGGCAACAAAGAGAAAAAUCAAUUUAAAUAUAUCCUAUGAUAUUAAUGAAGAGUCUGUAAACCACACUUUAAAACUAAUCCACCCCAAAUUAGAAUACCAACUGUUGCUUGCUAAAAAGGUUCAGUUAAUUGAUGCUUUGAAGGAGCUGCAGGUUCAUGAAGGUAAUAUAGAUUUUCUGAUUCCAGAAUACAGAAGCAUUUUAGAAGAUGCUGAUCAUCUGAUUGAGGAAUAUAAAAAACAACCUGCUCAUUUAGAAAGACUGUAUGGUAUGAUAACUGACCUUUUCAUUGACAAGUUUAAAUUCAAGGGAACAAACGUGAAAACAAAGGUUCCGAUGCUUCUUGAAAUUCUCGACAACUAUGACCCCAGCUCAUUAAUGGCUUUCUUUGAUUCUGCGUAAUCUUUUUCAAUUACUGUUAAUUAAUGUUUAAUAUCGGCAUUUAGCUUACUUGCAAAUAUAUUGUGAAAGUGGUUAGCUUCAGUGGCUUUUUUUUUUAAACAAAAAAAGUGUAGAUUUUUGUGUAAAGGAUUGGAUCGGGCUCUGUCUUCAUUGUUACAGAGUCUUUAUGAAAGGGCAAAUGUACAUAUGUACCUUUAGCUACA